UUCCUUCUGUCCUGUGUUGUCUUCUUAUGCCUUGUUCUCUGCCCCAUCUUGCCCUUCGCUGACUUGUCUCGCCCCGUCACAUCUUGUCCCGAUGUGUCCUGUCCUGUGUUUGGUCCUGAGCAGAACAGAACAUCCCAUGUUGUCCCAGUGGAUGGCAGAGCCACGAGUCCACCUGUUACCAGCUUUCCUCCAGUGAGAACACCUGGCAGCACGCAAAAGAAGACUGUGAGAACAAAGGAUCUCAUUUGCUGAUUUUUAAUGAAAAAUCAGAAGAGAAAGUUGUUAGUGGAUUUGGAGGUGAUGCCAAACUGUGGAUGGGCCUGAGUGGUAACGUGAACAAGCAAAUCAACAAAUGGGAGUUGAAAACGGUGGAUUCAAGCCCCUGGUCUCAUGGGAGGGUCAAAAACCUACAUUUUUGGUGGCAGUCAGCUUCGGCCUGCUGUUCAUCGUACAAGCAGCUGAAUGUUCUACCCAGUCCAACAACGCGAACAUCGAAGCCUUGAUUUUAGAGAAAGACCGACUGGUUCAAGAGAAGAAGCAAUUGGUUCAAGACACAAAGCAACUGGUUCAAGAGAAGGAUCAACUGGUUCAAGAGAAGGAUCAACUGGUUCAAGACAAAACACAACUGGUUCAAGAGAAGGAUCAACUGGUUCAAGAGAAGGAUCAACUGGUUCAAGACAAAAAGCAACUGGUUCAAGAGAAGGAUCAACUGGUUCAAGACAAAACGCAACUGGUUCAAGAAAGAGACCAACUGGUAAAGGAAAACAAAGAGCAAACGGCCAAUAACACCAACCUGGUCAAUGACAACACACGGUUAGGACAGAUGGUCACCGAACUACAAAAUCAAAUUCAGUCGGAACGGAACAUCCCAUGUUGUCCCAGUGGAUGGCAGAGCCACGAGUCCACCUGUUACCAGCUUUCCUCAAGGGAGAAUACCUGGCAGCACGCAAAAGAAGACUGUGAGAACAAAGGAUCUCAUUUGUUGAUUUUGUAUGAUGAAGCAGAAGAGAAAGUUGUCCGUGGAUUUGGAGGUGAUGCCAAACUGUGGAUGGGCCUGAGUGGUAACCUGAAUAGGCAAAAGAACAAAUGGGAGUUGAAAACGGUGGAUUCAAGCCCCUGGUGUUAUACAAACUGGAAGGAACCUACACUGAAUGUUGGGAGUAACAUUUCCUGUGCAUAUGUGGACUAUCACACGUUGUCUCUGAAGACCUGGACCCUGGUCAGGUGUCAAGAACAACACAAGUGGAUGUGUGAGAAGAAGCCUGCCUCUAUCUGCCAACAGAACAUCCCAUGUUGUCCCAGUGGAUGGCAGAGCCACGAGUCCACCUGUUACCAGCUUUCCUCCAGUGAGAACACCUGGCAGCACGCAAAAGAAGACUGUGAGAGCAAAGGAUCUCAUUUGGUGGUUUCGAAUGAUGAAGCAGAAGAGAAAGUUGUCCGUGGAUUUGGAGGUGAUGCCAAACUGUGGAUGGGCCUGAGUGGUAACCUGAAUAGUGAAACCAACCGCUGGUAUUUGACAACGGUGGAUUCAAUCAGCCUGUGUUAUGGAAACUGGAAGGAACCUACACCGAAAGUUGCGAGUAACAUUUACUGUGCAUAUGUGGACUAUCACACGUCGUCUCUGAAGAACUGGUUCCGGGUCAGCUGUGAAGAACAACACAAGUGGAUGUGUGAGAUGAAGCGUGCCUCUAUCUUCCGUAUAUAAGACUCAACCCAUCAAUCACAUCUGCAAUCAGUCUGUCUCUCAAUCACAAACACAGACACAUUUAUUUAAAGGGGCCCUCUUCUGCUUUUUGGGGUUGUCCCUUUCCUGUAGUGCUCUAUAGGUUUUUGUGUAUGUAAAUGGUCUGAAAGCAACACCACUGAAAUGCACCAUUCAAAUUCAGUUUGUACUCAAGCUAUUUGCAUGUUUUUAAUAUAAUAAAUGGAUUGGUUAAUCUCCAGAUGCCUUGAAAGUGUAAAAACGUUGUGAAUAUGAUUAGAUGUACUAACUGCUGGUGACCACUAGAGGAUGUUAUUUCAAUAUGUUUAGCCAUGUUUUGUACUUUCUGUGCCAUGCAUGUUGAUGAAGUGUUUUCAUUAUAACCCAGACUGGGUUAUUACUCUUAGGCAGUUGUUUGCAGUGUUUCAGGCAAACAUCAAGCUUUCAAUUUAAUCUCUAAAUGUAUUUUAAAGCAUUUUCCAGAAGAGUUGACUUUGUGGCAACAUGGUUACAGAGUUAGCUUUGACCUUUAAAUAAAUUGUAGUAAACUUA